CGUCGUACGAGUUGCUUCCUCACUUUGUUAUUUAUUGUUCCCCCAAAUCUCUGUGUUAUAUACUCAUCACUGCUAAAAGGCGAAGAAUGAAAACGUCCCUUUUAUUCGCUUUACAGAACCCCGCCGCAGAUUAUUUUCUCUCCCCCUCCGCCGGCAACUAAUAAAAAGCCUCGCCGACUAUCCCACCUCGGUGAUUACUUAUUUUUCUGUUUUCCGAUCGAACUGUGUGUUGCCGUAUCACGAUCAAUUCGAUCCACACAGGUCUCUUUCGGCUGUACAUUUUGUAAUAAAUAAAUAGAUAGAUAGAUAGAUAUGUGGAGUGGAGAUGAAGAUUACUACAGCAGUUCUGAUCGUGAAUUGGAGGACGAUGAUAUCGAGAACGAAGAUUCUGAACCCCUCUGGGUUCAUUCCAAGGGUCCUUCCUCCAAGGUUACUGCUACCCACAAUUAAAUUUUGUAUAAAUAAUUCAAUCGGAAAAACAUAAAAUCUUUAUUUGAUUUUGGUGUACGUUUUCUUUGCUUAUCUUUUUUCUGGUAAUUUUGUUUUUGGGUGGUGACCGUGAGGAGGGAUUUUGCUGGUGGAUAAAGAUUUCUACCCAUUGUAAUAUUUUUCCGUUUUUUUCUUUUCUUUUGAUUUUUGAGAAUAUUUGGGAACUAAAAAGAGUGGUAAUCGUGGGUGUUUUUUUUUUCUUUUGAAUGUGCGUCUUGCACAAGACUAAAUUGCCACUUCAACGAUUCUCAUGAAAUCUGAAUACAAUUCCCGGAAAUCUGUUGCUGUGAUUGUAUAUCCCUUCAGUUUACUGUGAAUUACUGUUUUUGUCACGUAAUUUGGCUGCCAUUUGUUAGUUUCUGGAACCACAUUUGUAUCUUCAAGGGUUAUGGUAUCUUUAGGUUCUUUUAACUCUGAUUAGGCACUCAUCUUUCAGUUUUAGAUUGAACGAUGAUCCCCGUAUGUUUCCCAGUAGCUGCUGUUUUACUCUGUUUGGAGUUAAACAUUGCCUCCUCAAGUUUAUGUUACUUGUUUGCAGGUGAUCACAAAAGAAUCUCUCUUGGCUGCACAGAAGGAGGAUCUGCGGAGAGUGGUCGAGAUGUUGUCUAUAAGAGAACACCAUGCUCGAACUCUACUUAUUCAUCAUAGAUGGGAUGUUGAGAAGUUGUUAGCAAUACUUGUGGAAAAGGGGAAAGCUUUCCUGUUUGCUCAAGCAGGUGUACCAAUAGUUGAGAAUAAUCAUCGUGAUGUAUCACAAUCAUCCUCCACCGUCUUCUGCAAUAUUUGUAUUGAAGAUGUACCUGGACAUGAGGUGACUACAAUGGAUUGUGGCCAUUGCUUCUGCAAUAGCUGUAAGAAAUCUCUCCUGUCUGUGUUUAACAACUUAAUGCUGUUUCUAAAAUACAGUGGCCCAUGACAUUGUUGGCUAUUAUGCCUUAUUACUUUAGUUGUAUUCUACUUAUGGUCUAUGUUUCAAGUACAAACCUGAAUUGGAUGAUAGCUUGUUGUACCUCAUUAAUUUUUACUGAAAGUAUCUUUUUUAUUUUCGGUUACAUGCCAGCCCCAAGUAAUUUUUAGUAAAAUAUUAUCAGGUUAGCUUUUGUUUUUCAUCUCUGCAUAUUUCUAAACAAUUAUUAUGUUAUUUAGGUUGGACUGAGCAUUUUAUAGUGAAGAUUAAUGAGGGUCAAAGUAAGCGAAUAAGAUGUAUGGCGCACAAAUGCUUUGCUAUAUGUGAUGAAGCAGUUGUAAAGCGUCUAGUUAGUAAGAGGCACCCUGACCUUGCUGAGAAAUUUGACCGGUUUCUUCUCGAGUCAUAUAUUGAGGACAACAAAAUGGUGAAAUGGUGCCCUAGCGUCCCUCACUGCGGUAAUGCUAUACGCGUGGAGGAUGAUGAAUUUUGUGAGGUUGAAUGUUCAUGCAGCUUGCAGUUCUGUUUCAAUUGUUUAUCAGAAGCACAUUCUCCUUGUUCGUGCUUGAUGUGGGAACUUUGGACGAAGAAGUGUCGUGAUGAAUCAGAAACCGUGAAUUGGAUUACAGUUCACACAAAACCAUGCCCUAAGUGUCACAAACCUGUUGAGAAGAAUGGUGGCUGUAACCUGGUUAGCUGCAUUUGUGGCCAGGCAUUCUGUUGGUUAUGUGGUGGAGCUACUGGUCGAGAUCAUACUUGGUCAAGUAUAGCUGGUCACAGCUGCGGGCGAUUUAAAGAAGACCGUGAAAAAGUAGCUGAGCGUGCAAAGCGAGACCUUUACCGAUACAUGCAUUACCAUAAUCGUUACAAAGCGCACACUGACUCCUUUAAGCAAGAAUCUAGGCUGAAGGAGACUAUCCGGGAUAAGAUAUCAAACUUGGAAGCCAAAGAUUCAAAAUUGAGAGAUUUCUCCUGGGUAACAAAUGGUCUUUACCGGCUCUUUAGAUCAAGGCGUGCACUUUCUUUCUCAUACCCCUUUGCUUUUUAUAUGUUUGGUGAUGACUUGUUCAAAGAUGAGAUGACGAAUGAAGAAAGAGAUUUGAAGCAGCAUUUAUUCGAAGACCAGCAGCAGCAGCUUGAGGCAAACGUUGAGAAACUUUCCAAGUUUAUUGAGGAGCCAUUUGAUGAAUUCGAUGAGAAUCGGAUUAUGGAGAUAAGGAUGCAGAUAAUCAAUCUCUCUGUGAUAACAGAUAACCUCUGCAAGAAGAUGUAUGAAUGUAUUGAGAAUGAUCUGCUUGGGUGCCUUCAGUUUUCUAAUCACAACAUAGCGCCAUAUCAGUCUAAGGGUAUAGAGAGGGCCGUGGAGCUUCCUGUUGGGUGGAAUACCAAGAUGACUUGCAGUCAAUAUCAAAAAGUGGACAUGUCAAGUGGUGGUGGCGUCAUGGCAUCUGAUCAACAACCAUCAGCGACAGGAACCUCAGAUGCGGAUGGAUACUCUCCAAGGAAGCGUGCUAGGAAGGGAAGCUUGCGAAGUGGGCUGAUUGAUCUUAACUUGCCAGCAGAGACUGUGAAAAGGAACUAAAUCCUCAGGGGUCAAUUACUGCAAACUCAACUGUACAGUUCUAAUUAAAUUUGGUGCUUUAUGGAGAUGAGAAGACGAAGUUUUGGGCGCGGGGAAGAUACUGCCCUGCACUCGUCAUCUCUCCUGGUUAUGGGUGGGAUCUUGUAGUUUGGCAAGGGGAUGCUUUAGGGGGGGUAGUAAAGAGGGAACUUACACCUCUUGGAAUAUCAUAAGGAGAUGUAAAUAGCCUCACCCUGGGGUUGUUUAGGUGGGUUGCUGAAGAGCAGGAAAUGAUGUAUAGAUUAAAGUUAUGAAAUUGUGUAGUUAUGGUCCAGUUGACUAAGGAGAAUUGAUCUUUAUCUGGAAGAUUGGUUUAUGUUAUGGAAUGGAUUUAACAUUGGGGAAGUUUUGGUUUGGUGUUUAACUAUAGAUCUUAUUGAGAUGACCAAUUUGAUUAUUAAUUUAUUUAUUUUAUUGAGUGCCUUCACUGUUCAUGUUUGGCAUGAAUGAAUUGUAUGGAAUUUUAUCUGAAAUUGCAUUUGGAGAUGGG